UGCAAGGCGAAGAGAGAAUGUGUCUUUGUUAGCUUCUGCUACAAACUGUUUAAAGGGAAUUCUACUUACACGCAAGUUCGAGAACAAAGAGAGAUUCUGGACGUGUGAAAGAGCGAGAAAAUAAGACGAGUGGUUCAUCUAGUCAUUGUGGGGCUUGUCUGAUUUCACGGUCAGAUAAGGACCUCAUCGGUGACUGCCGCGCUAUUUGUACUCGUCACCGAAGGGCAGAAAAAUAAGGACCUCAAAACAGAGAAACUUUUUUAAAGCAACGUGCCUUUUAUAUAUACUUCUUAAAAGGUUGCGCGGACGCAAUUACACCUGGAACAUUUCCACAGAAAAGUGAAUGGACUUUGCUGAAUAGCCUAUCUGUCUUGUGCGCUCUACGGGGACAAGGAAGACUUUGAAAAAAGUUCGUGCCGGGAGUGAAUACAGACGCACAAGCGCUCGUGUGACUACGGCGACAGGCGCAAGAGCAAGAGCUUUAUAAAUAUACUGUUAGACUAAUGGAUUAAAUGUUGUUUGCUUUUUAACAGUUCAAUGACGCAUUUUAAACCUUUCAUGCCUUGUAAAGUCUUUUGAUUGUACAGUUGUAUUGACAUUUAAACCGUGAUAUUGAACACUCUUGUUGAUAUCGUGUUUGCCCAGCAACUUUAAACUUCUGAAUUUGGGCGACAUUGUAGUGUUAAUAAAGACAGCAUCAGGUGCAGAAUCGAAAGUAAACCGAAUUUGCAUAGGCAAGCAGGCAAGAGAAAAACCGCUGCGAAAAAAAGGUCGGAGUUUGCGGUUAUUUUUACGUCGGUUUGAUGCAGUCAGAGAGAAAACUGAGCAAGGCGAUGAUUCUCAGGCUGUUGCAUCCUGAACUGUAGGUGCUGUGCACAGGCAUACGCGAACAUUUAUACUGCUUCGUUUGUGUGCAACUCCACGUACACAGAGAAGAGGUUCGUCUGCGUCUUUUAACCAGGAGGACUUGGGAAAACUGUAAACACAUCAGAGCUGCGCGCGCUCGACUUCCAGCACCGCACAAUCGCUGGACUGUUGACUGAAGACCGUUCAGCGUUGAAAGUGAAAAACGAAAAAAAAAGGAGAUCGGAAAUAAGGAACUGUUGUCUUACCAAGCAGAAGAGAUAAUUAAAGUCCAGUUGAGCAGCGCUGACCCAGUUGUUGUGAUGCAUAUUCCCGUAGACCCGACCACUACCAGACGGUUUACACCGCCUUCCACGUCGUUCCCCUGCAGCAAGACUGGAGACGGCAUCGGGCCCAUGGGUACGCCUGGACCGGUGAGGACACGAGCAGAAGCAAGGUCCGUGGUGGACGUUCUAGCGGACCACGCCGGCGAGCUGGUUCGGACAGACAGCCCGAACUUUCUCUGCUCCGUGCUCCCAUCACAUUGGAGAUGCAACAAAACACUUCCCGUAGCUUUCAAGGUGGUCGCCCUCGGCGAUGUUCCCGACGGGACGCUGGUGACGGUGAUGGCGGGGAAUGAUGAGAACUAUUCCGCGGAGCUGAGGAACGCGUCUGCAGUGAUGAAAAAUCAAGUCGCCAGAUUCAACGACCUGCGGUUCGUGGGCAGGAGCGGUAGAGGAAAGAGCUUCACCCUCACCAUCACUGUCUUCACCAGUCCGCCCCAAGUGGCCACAUACCACCGGGCCAUCAAAGUGACCGUGGACGGGCCUCGGGAACCCAGACGACACAGGGUGAAACUAGAGGACCCCCAGAAGGCCAUGCAGUUCUCGGACCGCCUGUCCGAGCUGGAGCGUUUCCAGCGGGCCGGCCUGAGAAUGGGGCCCGGGACCAGCAACGCCAGGCCCUCCCACCAGAGCCACUUCAGCCCCUCCACCCAGUCCCAGAUCCAAGCUCUGUGGCCUGAACAGCUUGAUUCUACCAGUCUGAAAACCUGCAAGGUGGAGGAGGACCUCAGGUGGUCAGCAGGGACCUCUGAGCUCUUCCCUCAGCGCACCUCCUUUCCCUCGCUGUCCCCGCUGACAGACCCCCGAUUCUCUGACCCGCGCAUGCACUACCCCGGCGCCUUUACCUACUCGGCCAGCCCCUCCAGCACGGGCAUCGGGGGCAUCAGCAUGACGGGCAUGCCCGCCUCGUCCCGCUACCAUACCUACCUGCCCCCGCCGUACCCCGGCAACCAGAACCAGAGCAGCCACUUCCAGGCCAACUCCUCGCCCUACCACCUGUACUACGGCACCGGGUCGGGCUCCUACCAGUUCUCCAUGGUGACGGCCAGCGGAGACCGCUCGCCGACCCGCAUGCUGUCCUCCUGCCCCGGCUCCACCACCACCGGCGGGGGCAACAACCUGAUGAACCCCAACCUCAGCAGCCAGAGCGACGGCGUGGAGGCCGAUGGCAGCCAUAGCAACUCCCCGACGACCAUGACUGCGUCCGGCAGGAUGGACGAGUCCGUGUGGAGGCCGUACUGACAGGGAGAACGGAGAGAAGAGCAGCCCUGCGUUAAACAAAGAGAAGAAACGAAAGAGAAUUGAAGAGGUCGUGGUGCAUGUCUCACCCCAAGCCCCCCUCCCCGCCUUUCCGUCCCUCC